AUGGCAUCCCUUGCUGAGCAAUCUGCUACCCCUGCUGCCAAGAAAGCCCCACAUGAUGAGCCCGCUCCCUCUCCUAAAACAAGGAAGCCCACUCCAAAGAAGAGGAAGAGCACCAAUAAGGCUUCAGCUGAAGCCGCCUAUGCUAAAACCCCAUCCCCUACACAUGAUACUCCUACUCCAAUUAAGCCAUCUGCUGAGGAAGCCCCAAUUCCUCAAAAACCAAUCCCACAAGGAGAAAACCCUCAGGAGCCAGCCAAAGAGGUUGCUCAAACAAAAGAAAAGACCCCCAAGCCUGCAAAGCACUCUAGGAAUCCGUCCAAAGGGGAGUCAUCAAAUCAGGUGGAACAGACACCCGUGCAACCUACUGCUCCUCUUGCUCCGGCCACGACCCUUGAAGAGUUGAAACAAGAGGUUGAACAUAGAUCGGAAGAAAUCACACAGAGGGCAACCAGACAGUCUAGGAGCCUAUCCUAA